AGUGAAGCAACUCAACUUUUGGUUGACUCAGCACCACCCUUCAAGAGAGGUCUCAGAGGCUCCCAGUAGAAACGGAGACCUUCUUCCCAGGCUUCUACAUCCCUCUCCUGGAGCAUCCCUUUGGUGCAGAGACCGGCCCCUUUCUCCUCUGUGGAGGCAGCAAGGGCGUUGCUGGUAGACCGUGGUCCUCUCUCCUUCCUUUCUUCCUUCCUUCCUCUCGGCUCUCCAUCCCAAGCAGGGGCGCUGCCUUCCUCCUCCUCCUCCUCUCCUCCUCCUCCUCCUCCUCGGAUCCACGUGGGCGCUGGGCUCCCGUGAGCAAACGCCUUCCUUCCCAAGCCGGGAUUGGAAGCGCACCACCCAGCCCUCCGUGGCCAUUGGAAGAGCCCCGCCGAGCCGUGGGAUGCCUCGGAGUCUCCGGCGCCUGGCUGCGGAACCUUGCUGUGUGUGAGAGAGCUCAGAGGGAGGAAGGAAGGCUCCGAAGGGCAGAGGCACCUUGGUGGGCUCCUCCACUUUGGCCAGGUACUCACUCUCAAGGCGCUUCCUCGCCGAGAGCCUAGGUGAGAGAGGGAGGAAGAGGGAGGAGGAGGAGGAGAAGCCGGCUCCUUCCAGCGGCGGGGCUUCUUCGCCUUCCUCUCUCCCCUUUGGCCUCCUUCCCCUUCCUUUGCAAGGGUUGCUUUCCAAGGUUGGAAGGCGGGCUCGCCAUGUCCGGCAAGGGCAGCAAGAGGAGCCGCGGGCAGAGGCAGCAGCAGCAGCAGCAGGAGGGGAGAGUGACCUUCCCCCAGCAGCACCGCCAACAGCACCGGCAAGAAGAAGAGGAGGAAGAGGAGGAGGAAGAAGAGGAGGAGGAGGAGGAGGAGGAGGAGGAGGAAGGCCAUGAAAACUCGGGACCGCGGACCCGCCGGGGUUGGAGGGGCGUCAAUGGCGGGCUGGAGCCCCCUCCGCCCCUGAAGACCCCCAAGGACAUGUACGGAGGCUACCCGCCCUCGCCCAUCUUGGGCACCAUGUCCAUUGAUGGAAGCCCUUCGCUGAGACGUAUGACUGUGAUGAGAGAAAAAGGGAGGCGCCAAGCAAUUCGAGGCCCAGCUUUUAUGUUCAAUGAGAGGGGCACAAGCCUCACAGCCGAGGAAGAGCGCUUUCUUGAUGCAGCAGAGUAUGGGAACAUCCCUGUGGUGCGCAAAAUGUUGGAGGAGUCAAAAACACUGAAUGUCAACUGUGUGGACUACAUGGGUCAAAAUGCCCUGCAGCUUGCAGUUGGGAAUGAACAUUUGGAAGUGACAGAACUCCUGUUAAAGAAGGAGAACCUGGCACGGAUUGGAGAUGCCCUGCUGCUUGCCAUUAGUAAAGGAUAUGUCCGAAUAGUGGAAGCGAUCUUGAAUCACCCUGGCUUUGCCGCUAGCAAGCGACUGACUUUGAGUCCCUGUGAGCAGGAGCUUCAGGACGAUGACUUUUACUCUUAUGACGAAGAUGGCACCCGCUUUUCCCCAGACAUCACCCCCAUUAUUUUAGCUGCUCAUUGUCAGAAGUAUGAGGUGGUACAUAUGCUGUUGAUGAAAGGUGCAAGGAUAGAGAGACCUCACGAUUAUUUUUGCAAAUGCAACGACUGCACUGAAAAACAAAAGAUCGAUUCUUUUAGUCAUUCCAGGUCAAGGAUAAACGCAUAUAAGGGACUGGCAAGUCCUGCCUACCUGUCCUUGUCUAGUGAAGACCCUGUUCUCACGGCUCUAGAGCUUAGCAAUGAGCUUGCCAAACUGGCUAAUAUUGAAAAAGAAUUCAAGAACGACUACCGCAAGCUGUCUAUGCAAUGCAAGGAUUUUGUGGUCGGCGUCCUUGAUCUCUGCAGAGACUCUGAAGAGGUAGAAGCCAUUCUCAAUGGAGAUUUGGAAGCUGAGCCAGUGGAAAUCCAGAGACACAGAGCUUCACUGACUCGUGUCAAACUGGCAAUUAAAUAUGAAGUCAAAAAGUUUGUGGCUCAUCCGAACUGUCAGCAACAGCUGUUGACUAUCUGGUACGAAAACCUCUCAGGAUUACGGGAACAGGCCAUUGCAAUCAAGUGUCUUGUUGUGUUGGUAGUUGCACUGGGCCUUCCAUUUCUCGCCAUUGCCUAUUGGAUUGCACCAUGCAGCAGGCUUGGAAAAAUUCUCCGAAGUCCAUUCAUGAAGUUUGUGGCACAUGCAGCAUCCUUUAUAAUUUUCUUGGGGCUGCUAGUAUUCAAUGCCUCAGACAGAUUUGAAGGCAUCACAGUAUUACCCAACGAGACCGUUGUUGAUUACCCUAAACAGAUCUUUAGGGUUAAGACGACACAGUUUUCUUGGACAGAGAUGUUGAUCAUGGUUUGGGUGCUUGGUAUGAUGUGGUCUGAGUGCAAGGAGCUCUGGCUAGAAGGACCCCGGGAAUAUAUUUUGCAGCUGUGGAAUGUUCUGGAUUUUGGGAUGUUAUCGAUUUUCAUUGCUGCUUUCACAGCCAGGCUAUUAGCAUUCCUGCAGGCUACAAAAGCACAGCAGUAUGUGGACGACAACAUUCAAGAGCCAACCCUUUCUUUGGUCACACUUCCACCGGACAUUGAAUAUUUUACUUAUGCUCGAGAUAAAUGGCUCCCGUCGGAUCCGCAGAUCAUAUCAGAAGGUCUUUAUGCAAUAGCUGUUGUGCUUAGCUUCUCCCGGAUUGCUUAUAUCCUGCCUGCAAAUGAGAGUUUUGGCCCAUUGCAGAUUUCACUGGGAAGGACUGUGAAAGACAUUUUCAAGUUUAUGGUCCUUUUUAUUAUGGUGUUCCUUGCAUUUAUGAUUGGGAUGUUCAUACUGUACUCCUACUAUCUUGGAGCCAAAGUAAAUGCUGCUUUUACUACAGUUGAAGAAAGUUUCAAGACCUUAUUUUGGUCUAUAUUUGGCUUGUCGGAGGUCACAUCUGUUGUCCUUAAAUAUGAUCAUAAAUUCAUUGAGAAUAUUGGUUAUGUGUUGUAUGGAAUAUACAAUGUAACAAUGGUUGUGGUUUUACUCAACAUGCUGAUUGCCAUGAUCAACAGCUCAUACCAAGAAAUCGAGGAUGAUAGUGAUGUGGAAUGGAAAUUUGCUCGCUCUAAGCUUUGGCUAUCAUAUUUCGAUGAUGGGAAAACCCUGCCGCCUCCAUUCAGUCUUGUACCGAGUCCUAAGUCCUUUAUUUAUCUCUUCAUGCGGAUCUUUAGAUUAUUUAUGUGCCGAAGAAAAAGGCUGCAAAAAGAUAUGGAAAUGGGAAUAGGAAACUCAAAAUCCAGGCUAAACCUCUUUUCUCAAUCCAACUCGAGGGUUUUUGAAUCACACAGCUUUAAUAGCAUUCUCAAUCAGCCAACACGCUAUCAGCAAAUUAUGAAAAGACUUAUAAAACGUUAUGUUCUGAAAGCACAAGUGGACAAGGAAAAUGAUGAAGUCAAUGAGGGUGAAUUAAAGGAAAUUAAACAAGACAUUUCAAGUCUUCGCUAUGAACUUCUGGAAGACAAGUCUCAGGCAACAGAGGAGUUGGCAAUUCUUAUACAUAAACUCAGCGAGAAACUCAAUCCAAAUAUUUCACGAUGUGAAUAAACUCAAAAUGACCUAUUCUACUGCAUAUGCUUGUGUAUAAGUUGACAGAAAAAUCAACCCUCUAAACCUGAGCUGACUUAUCCAGAGGACAAUGCUGGAAACAGAUGGCGAUGAUCUUGGCUUGGUGAGCUGUGGGCUCCCUGUCAUUUGGGGCACUGGAGGUGGAGUAGCAGUGGCCAUUUUUAAUAGGGACUUACUAUGU